AUGGAAACAUAUGCGGUUACUAUGUACAGUCUGUCUUUCUUCGGAUUUCUCAAUAUAAUCAUUUCACUCUAUCUUCUUCUACGAGUCCAAACUAAACUCAACCUAAUUUCACGAGUGGCCAUUCAUGGACAUGAUUUGAUCAAGCAUCGCCCAAUUAUAUUUGACUCUUGGAACAGUUCCAACAUACUUACUGCCAUGUCCUGGAGGAUAC